CGUAUUACUGUGUAGACACAAAACCAUUCCCACUUUACUGUUCCUCUAGUGGGACUGCUGCACAGCCUAUUGCUGUGCGUUAAGCAAGCAGCUUCAGCGGACCAGCCUGCCCUGUUAAGUUUCUGGCUAUAUUGCUGCAAUAGAAGAAAAUUGAAUUGCGCCUGAGCUCCGAGUCUUGCGACCGUUCGCGCCAUUGCAUCGCUUGGCUCCACGGGCGCCGCGAGGCAAAAGAUGAAGCAAAAAAGCAUCGGAGCUUUCUUUGGUGGCGCUGGGACGAAGGCGGGAGCGAAGCAGGAGGCAGUGAAGGACGCGAAGCCUGCGAAGCCGGAGAGCAAGCCCAAAACAAAGCCGGAGCCAGCCGACCCGGCCAGCGACCAGGACAAUGAAGCUGAUGCCGCCAGCCGGCCAGCUCGCAAGCGCCUGCGGCGCGCAGUAAUUGAGGACGACGACGACGCGGCUCUCGCCGUGGCAUCCAAGCCGGCAGCAGCAGAGACAGCUGCGCCUCAGCAGCCCACAGCUGCCGAGUCGGAGCUAGAGGACAAGGAUGCGACCAUGACGGAUGCACCUGCUGCAACUACUAAGGGAGCCGCAGCCGCACCUACGGCAGCGGCGGGCACGCCAGCCAAGUCGGCUGCGCCAGCCGAGGAGCCAAAGGCUGAUGGCGGUGGCCCAGGCACAGCCAGCAAGCCUGCGGCCCCCAUCGCCUCCAUCUUCCAGCGCCCUGCCGUGCGCAAGGCUGCCGCGGCGGCCGCGGCGGGCGGCAGCCCGGCACCGGGCAACGCCAAGAAGUCAGGUGGCGGCGCCGGCGCUGCCGCGUCUCCUUUGAAGGCCUCGGCGUCACCCGCCAAGGCCGGCAAGGGCGCGGCCCCUGCGGGCGCGGCCACCAGCACCAGGGAUGCGGCCGGCGGCGAGGAGGGCAAGGCGGCGGCGGCGGCAGCUAGCCCUGCCAGCAAGAAGGAUAAGACCAAGGCCAGGGCGCCGAAGGUGGAGAAGGCGGGAGAAGACGGGGAGGAGGGCGAGGAGGCGGAGGGGUCGGAGGCGGACCCCAUCAGCGACAGCGACGACGACGCGGGCGGCGACGUGAAUGAGCUGCUGCCUGAGGGCGCUGUGGGCGGCGGCAGCGGAAAGAAGGCGAAGGCGAAAAAGGCCGCGGGCCGCAUCAAGUCCGGCAAGGGCGCGCAGAUGGAAGGCGUGGGCACUGGCGCACUGGCCGCCGCCUCCAAGUACAAGGAGCAGGACAUCAGCGCCGUGAUCAGCUGGAAGGAGGGGCAGCCGGUGCCGUACUCGCUGUUGGCCAACACAUUCGAGGCCAUUGCCGGCACCACCAAGCGCCUGGAGAUCGUGGCCCUCUUGGUGUCGGCCUUCCGAGCCAUCCUGGCCACCAACCCGCCCGACCUGCUGCCCGCCGUGUACCUGUGCGUCAACCGCGUGGCGCCCGCGCACACCGGCAUCGAGCUGGGCAUCGGCGAGGCCACACUCAUCAAGGCGAUGUGCGAGGCUACGGGCAAGAACGAGGCCAGCAUCAAGAAGUCGUACGAGGAGCACGGCGACCUGGGCGUGGUGGUGGUGGGCGCGCGCAGCACGCAGCGCACCAUGUUUGCGCCGCCGCCGCUCACCAUCGCCAGCGUUCUCAAGGCCUUCCAGAACAUCGCGCAGACGACCGGCACCAAAUCUGGUGACCAGAAGCGCGGCAUGAUUGUCAAGCUGCUGGUGGCGGCCAAAGGCAACGAGCCCGGAUACAUUGUGCGCUCGCUGCAGGCCAAGCUCCGCAUCGGCCUGGCUGAGCAGUCUGUGCUUGUGGCGCUGUCACACGCCGUGCACCUCCACCGCGGCGGGCCGGCGGCGCUGAAGCAGCCGGAUGUGAAGCUGGCGGAGGCGCUGGAGGCCGGGGCGCAGGUGGUGAAGCAGGCCUACAGCGAGUGCCCGUCAUACGACGUGCUGGUGCCUGCGCUGUUGGAGCACGGCUCGACGGACCUGCUUAGUCGCUGCCACUUCAUGCCGGGUGUGCCCGUGAAGCCCAUGCUGGCCAAGGCCACCAAUGGCGUGGGCGAGGUGCUGGAGAAGUUCACGGACAUUGAGUUCACGGUGGAGUACAAGUACGACGGCGAGCGGGCGCAGGUGCACGUGCUGGACGGCGGCAAGACCGUGCACAUCUUCAGCCGCAACGCCGAGAACAACACGCCCAAAUACCCGGACAUCGUGUCACGCAUCAAGGGGCUGCUCAAGCCCGAGGUGGACUCCAUCGUGUUUGACGCCGAAGCCGUGGCGUACGACCCAGAGAAGAAGAAGAUCCUGCCCUUCCAGGUGCUGUCCACACGCGCGCGGAAGGACGUGGCUGUGGACGACAUCAAGGUGCAAGUGGUGCUGUUCGCCUUCGACUGUCUCUACCUCAACGGCCAGUCGCUGCUGCACAAGCCGCUGACGGAGCGGCGCGCGGCGCUGUAUGGGUCUCUGACUGAGAAGGAGGGCGAGCUGCUGUACGCCAGCUACAAGACCAGCCGGGAUGUGGAGGAGCUGGAGAGCUUCUUGAAUGAGUCUGUGGAGGCGGGCACGGAGGGCCUGAUCGUCAAGACGCUGGGUGACACGUACGAGCCCUCCAAGCGCUCCAGCCACUGGCUCAAACUCAAGAAGGACUACAUGGAGGGUGUGGGCGACACGUUCGAUGUGGUGCCCGUGGGCGCCUUUUUCGGCAAGGGCAAGCGGACAGGCGUGUUCGGCGCCUACCUGCUCGCCGUGUACGACCCGGACACCGAGACCUACCAGACCAUCUCCAAGCUGGGCACCGGCUUCAGCGAGGAGCAGCUCAGCCAGCUGGCAGAGGCCAUGCGCCCACACACCAUCCCGCAGCCGCGACACUACUACACCUGGGACGAGAGUCUGGUGCCGGACGUGUGGUUCGAUGCGGCGGUGGUGUGGGAGGUGAAGGCGGCGGACCUGUCCAUCAGCCCGCGGCAUAAGGCGGCGCUGGGCCUGGUGGACCCGACCAAGGGCAUCAGCAUACGCUUCCCCCGCCUGAUCCGGGUUCGUGACGACAAGUCACCGGAGGACGCCACCAGUGCGGCGCAGGUGGCCGACAUGUUCCGCAACCAGGCAGUCAUACGGCAGCAGAAGGCACAGGACAACCAGGCUGGCGAUGAGGGCGAGGACGAGUAAGGACACGAACGUUGGUGUGGCCAGGCGAGGCCGGUGAGGCCGAGCGCGUGGCAGUGACGAUUGAUUGAGCUUCUGCUGGGCAAUGAAGGUGCCUGAGCGGGUAGGCAGCGGGUGUAGCGGCGCAAGAGGUGUAGCGGCGCUGUGCUUUCGCUGCAGCAAGCACAAACAACUAAAGUCAAGGUUGUGAAGGUGUUACUGCAAGCACGCAAGCAAGGCAUGGUAGGCAGCAACGGAGGUCUACGUUGGUUAGUCAUCACGGGUCAAAGGGAGGUGAGGGGCAGCGGGAGGCGCACUGCUGAGCAGGGGACUGUGCGAAGGGCCAGUGUCCCAGCAGGUAUGGCGAAGGGCGGGAUGCGGUUACUGGUGCGGCCACAGCCACAGCGGGUGCAUGCAGCACCGCCAGAACUAUGGACUCACCGCCUGCACGGAUGCGCUAGAAUGUAAGGGCAGACCGCG